AGUCAAAUGUGUCAAAUAAGGCAGAAGGCACAGCGAGAGAAGGCGGCUGUCUUAAGAUCGAUAAAACUAUAAAAUCUAAAUUUUUAAUAACAAUAUUACAAUUAAUUAUUAAUAAUCUAAAACAAGAAAAUACCUCAAUAUUUGCAUUUUAUUAUAAGUAAAAGUACUUAACAUGUUUGAAUAAAAUAAUCAUCAAAUGUGUGCUUCUGUCAGUGAUAUUGAUUUCCUUUAUUUGAAAGAGAACAAUUCAAAAACGAUGUAGGUAGACAGAAUGCUGUCCAAUUUGUGCAUAGUAGACAACGAAAGUGCACAGGAAUGAUAGUACAAGUGUGUUUAUAAUGCACCUUCAUAAUGAAAACUAAGAGUUUUCUCCUGUUCUCUACGUCAGUGUUUGCUAUAAGUAUAUUUCUUAUUGUGUUUCAUUCACAACCGCCUCAGUCCAUACAGAGCAUCGUUACACAAACGCAUCAACACAUAAAGGAUUUUCAGGUGUCUGUAUCACCACAGGAGAACUUGCGAGAUGUUGAGGAGAACAACCUGGUACAAGAGGAACGCUACUUCAGGCUCCUGGGCCUGGACGGACAUGUUGAGCUGUGGCACAACACCACUUUGCCUGUACUGGUUACAUAUGCCCGUGGGGACUCACAUGCCAUGGCUGUUAGCUUUGUCCGUGCCGCUGCACGACUGCCAUACACUGUACUCCUCUACAACUUAGGAUUAAAACCAUAUUCACUCUCUGUGGUAUCAAAUUACUGCAACUCCUCAAAGUGCGCCAUCAUUGAUUUUGAUUUGGAAGCAUUCCCUUCGCAUGUCAGUGAUGAAAGUAUCCAUGCAUUUAGACCACUCAUAAUUCAACACGCGCUGAGCCGCGUGGGCGGCGUGGUGUUCUGCGAGAGCUGGCAGCGGUACCGCGGCGCGGACGGUGCCGGCGGCGCGGCGCUGGGCGCGCUGUGGGCGCGGGCGGCGGCGGCGCGCGGCGGCGUGGCGGCGUGGCCGCUGCGCGCCGCCGUCACCUCGCUCACGCACCCGCGCAUGUUCCACUACUUCCACGCCGACAUCGACGACUUCCUCUUCGUUCAGAUGGUGGACGUGUCGCGGCUCGUGGUCGCCAACAAGCCCGCCGUCGGCGACAUCAUGCGCCCCUGGAUACAGUGCGCGCUCACGCUCGACUGCAUCAUGCCCAUAGGUGCGCAGUCGGGCGGGUGCAGGUUCGACAAGAAGCCGCAGUACCGGUACUCGGGGUGCCACGGGCAGGACGCGUCGGCGCUGAGCAUCGUGCUGGGGCUGCGCUCGGGCUUCGAGGAGUCGCAGUACGCGGUGCGCGACGGCGGCGCGUGGGCGCGCGUGGCGGACGCGGCCGCGCGCGCCGAGCUGGCCGGCCUGCAGCGCAACGCCUCCGCAGACGACCCGCCCACCGCCCGCCCGCCACUCUGAACCGCCCUACACUACACUACACUACACUACACUACACUACACUACGCUCCGUCUAACAGUACCAACCCUCAUAUUUUGCACGUGGAACUUUUUUCUACAUUAUAAAAAAGUCUCUGACGUAGAUUUUUUUUUAAAUUAACAAAAAUAAUACAGUGCAAUGCCAACACGUUACGAUAUGGUGCAAAGUCUGUUCUGUUCUCAUGUCGUCGCACCGUUGCCGCCCCUGACGUCUCGCAGGCAUUUCCGUUGCUGCUCCGAUCUCUCGUACGUAAGGUGCCCAGUUUUAUAUACGCUUAGAUUUUUAAUCUAUCUAUAUCAAGAUUUCGAUUUACCUACGAUUAUUUAAUAUUUUUUUUUUAUAAAAAAUAACGAUCAUUACUGAAUACUCGCAAUAGAGAGCUAUCGCGUAUACUGUUCCGCUUCGAAUUAAUAUAAAAAUAUUUUUAUCGAGUAACACAAAACGCUAUUUUUUCUGCUGUGAAAGCCGGGCGUGAUGGAAUAUGUAUAUAAAAGAAUGCGACGUUGAUCAGCGCGGUCAGCUGUCGGUGCUGAUCAUUAUGCAAUGUUACCUUUUUGCUUUAAAAAUUAACUGAAGUGGCAGUCGAACUAUCGAAAAUGUUAUAUGUUAAAAAGACACGUUUUAUACCAUUGUUGAAGAUAUACCACGGUGUUGUAAUCGCGUGUAUUCAGGCUACAAAAAAAGACAACUAUUUAUAACUGGCAUAUAAUAUUAUUUAAAAAUGAUAAAAAAAAAAAACCUCUUUGCAAUAUUCCAAUUAUUAAAGUCCAUUAUAGUUUAUCAUGACACAAGGUAGUAAAUUAUUAAUUUUAUAUAAAUCUAAAUUUACUAAAUAAUGAACAAAUCUAUCUAGUGUGAUUCCUUCUAUGUGCACUGUUACGUUAGUUUAAGAUUUUUUUUUUUUUUUAUUAUACUAUUUGAAUAGUAAACAAUGUCAAUUUAUAACAAGACAUAAAUGGUGCAUGUUUCCUUGCAACAAUUGGUGAUAUUAAGUUGUAUAUAUAUUAUAUAUUAAUUUAAAUUUAUUAAUUUGGUACUGGCUGUUUAUACAAAAAAAAAUGUUUGUUUAUAUUGUGAUUGAUUAAUUAUAAUUUGAAGUGAUGGAUGUUUUAAACGAAUUAAAUGCGACCGAAUUCUUCACGCGCCAUAGUCAUUAAUUGUAACAUUUACCUCUUAACGGGUAUACCUUCUACGUGAGUAGAUUCCCAUUAGGUACACAAAUAGCAAAGAACGGCACGGCACUGCCUUUAGACAUUUUUCUUACGUUGAUUUGAAUGUAAUAGUUGAGCUGCGUAUGGACUGCGAGGCGAGCGUCGCUCUGUACAUAACGUUUGUAUACGUGCGAGCGAAACGAUAUGUGUCGGUAAAGCAGCAAUGUACUUUAUUGCGAACGCUCGCUGCGCACGCCUUGCAAUAUUCAUACGCGGCUUUAAUAGGUUCCGUAAACGGUCAAGCAGCUUGGUUCAAGCAUGUACGGUUAUUGCCGCUUUUACAGUGAUGGAAUUACUUCGCCUUGUUUAUUUUACAAGUGUCAAUGGAUGUGUGUUUGAUCCGAUUCGCUUGAUCGUGUAUGGGUUCCAUAAGAUCCGCAACUAAUGAGGUUGUGUUUUGUAUGUCAUGUGCAACAAAUUAGUGUGCUCAGUGUGGAUACGAUUUACAUACGGCACUCUGUAAUUUUAGUUUGUAAGUCUCGAUCAAAAAUGGAAGUGAAAAUCUAGGAGUCUGGCGAAUCUCACCGAUCUCGAAGAGGUCAAUGAAAAUCUCAUGUCCUUUUUAUUCAGUUUCUAUUUGCUAAUCCCAUGUGGAGGGGGAGGGGUUAAUUUUUCAUAUCUCAGUGUGGGAGGAUUUUUCAUAUUUCAGUAGGAGGGGAGUUUCAUAUUUCAG